AUGCCAACUUCAAGGAGACACACUUUCACGCUUAAGUACAAGGAACCUAAGUUGGAUAGUCUGAAGGGUUUGAUCUCUGAUUUGACUCUCAGCAGACGUGAUGAGUUCGGAAAAAACUAUGGGAAAAUUUUGAGCCUUCUAACUAAGAAAGUUGACUAUGGAAUUAUCGGCUCUUUGGCACAAUAUUAUGAUCCACCUCUACGCUGUUUCACAUUUGCUGAUUUCCAGCUAGCUCCUACUUUGGAAGAAGUUGAGAGAAUCGUGGGUCUCAAAUUGAAAGAUUUUAAUCCAUUUCCAAAGCUCGAAGAAGAUAUGGGCCCAAAGAAGAUAGCUUCAGCCCUAAGUAUCAAUGUCCCGAUUGUUCGAGACAAUUGGGCUGAAAAAGGGGGUUGCGAAGGUUUUGCCGCGAUGUUUUUGGAAGAUUUAGCUCUAAAGUUCAAGAAAAGUGGAAAUUGGAAUGCAUUCUAUGCUGUGUUGGCUUUAUUGAUCCAUGGGAUUGUGCUCUUCCCAAAUGUUGACAAAUUUGUGGAUCAAGUAGCCAUAGAAGUCUUUCUCUCUGGCAAUCCAGUACCAUUUCUCUUAGCUGACAUUUACCAUGCCCUUCACGCUCGACAUGAAAAGAGGGGUGGAACUUUGUUGUGUUGUGCUCCUUUGCUUUACACUUGGUUCAUGCAACACAUGCCUGAAGAAGGUCCUUUUGUGGCAAAAGAACUUAAGUCUCCUAAAAAAUUAGCUUCUCUCACCGCAAGUUCCAUCAGAUGGUAUAUCCGAGAGCGGGAAACCCCAGACAUUAUAGUCAGCUGUGGGGAGUUUCAUAAUGUACCGUUGUUGGGUACCAAGGGUUGCAUCAAUUAUAACCCUAUGUUAUCUCGAAUGCAACACGGUUACUCCAUGGAUGGUCCUCCUGACGCAAAGGACUUACAGCCAUUUGCUUCAGCUUUUCCUAAAACUCCUGAGCCCAAGCCCAUACUCCCUGAGGACAUGAAGAAACUCGCUACUAAGGUUAAGGAGCUCGAAUUGGAGAAUACUGAAUUACGGAUUCAGAUGAACCGAGUUAUCUUGGAAAUUCAGAAUUUGAAAGAGGAACGUAAGGGAAAAGCCCAAGAACUUGAGGAUAGUAACAAGAGAGCCAGGCUAUUGGAAGACCAGAAAGAUGAUCUUGAUCAUAUCCUUAUAGGUUCCACAUCAGUGAUCCGAACUAGGAAGGAAGAGCUCAAGAAAGCUGAGUAUAGGAUUUGUGAGCUAGGAAGAAUGUUGGAUAAAUCUCUUAUGGAUAAAAAAAAAAUUAAGCUCGACUUUAAGGCACAGAUCCGUGAAUUGAGGGACGCUCUGAAGAAAUGCGAGGAAAAGUUAUCUCGCGAGGUACUCCAAAAGGAAGAAGCUGAAAGAAACUGUCACCAUCUCAGGUACCAGUUGGAAGAAGCUACUAGGAGGUUUGCAGUUUUGGAGAGCCAAGAAGGUGAUGCAACCUACUUACUCCUAAAGAAUGAUUGUGUGUACUGGAAAAGGUUGUAUAGAGAGGCUAGAGCAACCUUAGAGGAAGAUCAAAAGGUCAUCCAGAAACUCAAAGAGCUCUAUGUUGAAUGGAAUGGCAAAUUCCGCAACUUAGCUAGGUUUGUUAACCUCAAUAUGUUGGAACUCCCAGAAAAACUCCAGGAAGCGGAUUGGUGUAUGUGUCCAGAAAACACAUCUCCUCAAGUUUUCAAUUUCGUCAAGUUUAUCAAGAAAAUGAUGAAUGAGCUCACCACAGAUCUGGCUACGAUCAUAAGAGCUGAGACAGAACUUAAGUUUACUUGUACUUGA